AAAUCAAGUUGCUUCCACACAUCCGGCGAAAAAAAAAGAGAACGAUGGCUACAGAGGGUUUCCAAACCUGUCGUCUUUGAGUAAUUAUUGUCAUUCUGGAUGAAAAAUAGCGAUAGUAUCACCCCCUCCCCCAACAUACAUCGUGAUGGAAAAGAAUCCCGUCACACGGUGGUCAUAGUGGCACGAGCUUAAAACUGUUUCGUUACAAUCCGGUGUUCGUAGCAAGCUAGCUAGUUGUGCUGCGUGGGCUUGCGUCACCGGGCAGCUGUCCGUCAAAUUCCUUGGGAGGGGUCUAUAAAACACAAAAUGGCGACUCCAGUCAACAUCCAAAACCCCAGUAAGACGUGGGAGCUGAGCUUGUAUGAACUGCACAGGAGCCCACAGGAGGCGAUCAUGGACGGCACAGAGAUAGCUGUGUCCCCCCGGAGCCUCCACAGUGAGCUGAUGUGCCCCAUCUGUCUGGACAUGUUGAAGAACACAAUGACCACCAAGGAGUGCCUGCACCGCUUCUGCUCCGACUGCAUCGUCACUGCACUCCGAUCAGGGAACAAGGAAUGCCCCACGUGCCGAAAGAAGCUUGUGUCGAGACGCUCGCUCCGCCGCGACUCCAACUUUGACGCCCUCAUCUCCAAGAUCUACCCCAGCCGUGACGAGUACGAGGCCCACCAGGACCGGGUGCUGGAGAGACUCAACCGGCUGCACAACAAGCAGGCUCUCAGCUCCAGCAUUGAGGAGGGGCUGCGCAUGCAGGCUCUGCACAGACGCCCCAGAGCCCAGCGAGUGCGCAAACCGGCGCAGGAGAGCGACAACACCACCUUCAGCGGCGGCGAGGACAACGGGGAUGCACGGUCACACCUCUCCCACGACUCUGCGCCCUCCCACGCGCCCCUCCCCCCGAGCCACACACCCUCUGAGGCCGGGCCCAGCCGGAACCCUAAGCGGCCUAGGGUGUCAGAUGAGUCAGGCCCAGAGGUGGAUGGGGGCAGCCCCACGGCCCCGCUCCGGCACCACAAAGAGGGCCCUGGCUCAGAGAUAGAGCUGGUUUUCCGUCCGCACCCCCUGCUGGUCAACACACAGGACUACAGCCAGACCAGAUAUGUGAAGACCACAGCCAACGCCACAGUGGACCAUCUGUCUAAGUACCUGGCUCUGCGUAUCGCUCUGGAGGAGAGGCAAAGAGACAGCCAAUCCGAUGCAGCGAUGGAGAAGGGGAAAGAGGGAGUGGAGGCGGGGGCUAAAGGAGAGAAAUCAGCAGGAGGGGCCAGCCUGAAGAACGUCAGUGAGAAGCAAUACACCAUCUACAUCACCACAUCAGGGGGCCAGUUCUCUACUCUGAACGGCUCCCUGACUUUAGAGCUGGUGAAUGAGAAGUACUGGAAGGUCAGAAAGCCUCUGGAGCUUUACUAUGCCCCCACCAAGGACCAACCUCUUCAACCAUCACAGCCACCGCAGCAGAAGUCCCCACAGCCCAAAGAGGGGUGAGGAGGACAGGAGUCCUCCCUCUUCAGCUGUUAUCACUCGCUGUCUCUGACAGAUUUCUGUGUGUGGCGUGUAGCUGCUUCUAAGGUAGUCAUUUGGAACAUUCCAUAGAUUGAAGGUCUUCAACUUUGACCUCAGAAUCUGAAGGUUUUCUGUUUUUAUCCUCCGUAGCUUCUAAUCAAACCUGAGUAUGAAGUUGUUUUUGCAAUUCCUACACAUUUUUUUCCUUAAUCGAAUGGUUGACUUAAAAUGCUGUCUGGACCGGUGUGCACACCUACGUAGUCCAGCCUUCCUUCAGACCACCAAGUGUUGCUUGACCUUGCAUCAGGACUGCCAGAUUUUGUUGAUACAUCAUUUCAGAUCAGUGUGAGAAUUCAUACACUACCGGUCAAAAGUUUUUCAAACACCUACUCAUUCAAGGGUUUUUAUUUAUUUUGACUCUUUUCUACAUUGUAGAAUAAUAGUGAAGAGAUCAAAACUAUGAAAUGACAUGUGGAAUCAUGUAGUAACCACAAAAGUGAUAAACAAAUCAAAAUACAGUACAUUUUAUAGUUGAGAUUCCUCCCCUUUUUCAAACAGUCUUGAAGGAGUUCCUACAUAUGCUGAGCACUUGUUGGCUGCUUUUCCUUCACUCUGCGGUCCGACUCAUCCCAAACCAUCUCAAUUUAGUUGAGGUCGGGUGAUUGUGGAGGCC